GUGGCUCAGUUUUAGUUGGUGCUCAUCAAAUGAUGGACUUUGCUUCAGUUCUCCAGUUUCAGGACGAUGGGUAUUUGGCGAUCUACAUCGUUCGUGGCCACACAAGAGCCGUGCUUUUGUCAUGACAACCUGCCGAACCCUGGCCAAGUCCAUCGAGCUUCUUCCGGGUCUGCAGUUCCAAUUGUUCAGAGGUGCAGAGAACUUCCGAUACAUUCCAAUAUGAAGAAAUCCGCCUUUUUCGUUCUCUUUUUUGCAUCGUACAUGCUGCACGGAAUUGCAGCGAGUGUAAUCUUCCAUAACACCGGGACGACACCGUCAGGCUGGGAUCAAGUCCUAGUUGAACACAAUGGAAAUGUAGCCCAGGUGACGAAUGUGGUGAAGGAGGGCAGUACAGCUAUAAAAGCCACCCAAAUCUACGAUCCAAACUAUCAUAAUCGCUACCACUCGGAAGUGAUCAAGUAUGAUGUUUACGGUCGUGGAGACAUGGGCUUCUACGGCUUCUGGUUCCGCCUCCAAUCAGACUGGGAAUUCACGUCUCAGCGCUACAACAUCGCGCAAUUCGAAGCUGACUUCUCCGACGUUGCGAGUUGUGAUACAUUCAUCCCCACAACCAUGGUCUGGGUGCGUGGCACGAAGCUGGAGGCCAGGACCAACUCCGGCCCUCUAUGCCCAACUAGCGCUCGAACAACCACCAACUUCAAUAACCUCGUCGAUGUUACAGCAGGAGUGUGGCAUAAGGUCGUCAUCCAAGCGAACUGGCAAUCAGAUAACACGGGCUACUUCAAGCUCUGGUUUGACGGCACCAAGGUUCUCGAGCGGUUCAACUUCCCCACCACUCUGCAAAGUGAUAAAAGAUACCAGUUUCGUGUUGGACUGUAUGCCAACAGUUGGCACGAUGACAACCAAAUGGUGGGCACUCAGGGCACUCGAAGUGUUUGGUUCGAUGAGAUUGGUGCAGGCACAACGUUUGCCGAUGCAGAUCCCGAUCAGUGGUGAAUUAUGCAUCCGCUGUCAAAAAAUCCAUCUGUUCGCGGCCGUAGAGUAUUGCGUCUAGACUAUCACUCACCUCAUACUACGUACCUGCUUCAGAGAGUUUCUGAAGAAUCCCCAAGGCAUCUGAGUUAGACUUACUCCUCACAAGUUUUCUUUUCAAUAAAGCUCGUGUGUCCAACAUCCCAACAUGAAUUUCUGUGUGAUGGGAAUGUUGAAAUUUGAUGUUAACGCAUUGUUU